AUGGAAGAUUCGCUGAUUGAACUGGACUACCUGGCGCGUUCCGCCGGCGCCGAAGUGGUCGGCAUCAUUCGGCAGCGGGCCGACCGGUACACUCCCACCUACGUCGGGAAAGGCAAGCUCCAGGAACUCCAGGAGUUGCUGGAAGAGGAACGUCCCGAUGUCGUAAUCUGCGAUGACGAGUUGACGCCUACUCAACAACGUAACCUGGAAUCGGCGCUGCAGUACAAGGUCAUCGACCGAACCGCGCUGAUCCUGGACGUGUUCGGACGGCACGCCCGUACGCGCGAGGGGCAAAUGCAGGUUGAGUUGGCACAACAUCAAUACCUGCUCCCGCGGUUGGUCGGGCAAUGGUCGCACCUGGAGCGAUUGGGCGGCGGAAUCGGAACCCGCGGCCCGGGUGAAACGCAGCUGGAAACCGACCGCCGACUGGUCCGACGCCGGAUUCAGAAAAUUCAGGAAGAGCUGGAUAAAGUGCGGCAGCGACGGAAUCAGUACCUGGAACGUCGUCGUCGUGCUGCAGUCCCGAUGGCGACACUGGUUGGGUACACCAACGCCGGCAAGAGUACACUGUUCAACGCCCUCAGCGAUGCUGGAGUGCCAGCAGAAGACCAGUUGUUCAACACGCUUGAUCCGGUGACUCGCCGGUUGGAUCUGCCUGCGGGCGGAGAAUUGCUGUUGAGCGAUACGGUGGGCUUUAUCCAGAAGCUGUCUCCCACGGUGGUGGCGGCGUUCCGCGCGACUCUGGAGGAACUUCACGAAGCCGAUUUGCUCCUGCAUGUCAUUGACAUAACUCACCAGAAAGCGCCGGAGCAGGCCGAGGUGGUGGAAAAAACACUGACCGAUCUGGGAUUGGGCGGCAAACCGCGCCUGUUGGUUAUCAACAAAAUGGACUUGCUCACCGAUGAUCCCAACGAAAUCUCCGCCGAUGCGCUGGCGGGGCUGCCCGAAUUGACCGCGGUUAAUUCCCCAGCCGUCAGCGGACGAGUGUUCGUGUCAGCAGCAAAGGGUUGGAACCUCCCUGCGUUGUUGGAGGCGGUACAGGAACACGUCGGGAAAGCGCUUCCGGCUUCAGAAACGGCUGUCGUCUAA